AAAAUAAAUAUAUAGCUAUCUAUUAUUAAUAAGUAGUUGCACUUGUGUAUUGUAACUUAAAAUCUAGCUUUUAGUGCAAAAAUCAAAACUUCAAGUUCUGUAAUAUUUAUUCAUGGCUACAGCAUCAACAUCUUCAUGUGUUCUUCCUAAUGAUUUUAUAUGCCCAGUCUGUAUGGAUGUCCUACAAACUCCCGUGAAAACGUUAAACUGUGAACACAUCUUUUGCAGGAGAUGUUUGGUAAUGGCCACCAGAUUAAGAGGUACAGUGUGCCCACUCUGUCGUGGAACAGUGAGUGAAAGGGACAGAUUUGCACCAACGAGAGCAACUGAUGUUGAAAUGGAAAUGAAGAAGAUUUCAGGGGCCUGCACAUACUGCUCUAAAAAGAUCAAGUUUUACUACAUGAGAAGUCACUACAAACACUGUAAGAGAUAUCAGGAAGAAUUUGGAACCUUGACUAAGGAUGAUAUCAAGCCACACACCAGCCAACAAUUGACGUAUACGUGCCCUUUGUGUCAAAGCGACAAUCUGAGUAGAAAAAGUUUGUUGGAGCACUGUAACAAUGUUCAUUCACAUGGAGUUUUUGAAGCGUUCUGUCCAAUCUGUAUCAGUUUGCCUCAGGGCGAUCCUAAUCAUGAAUUUGCAGAUAUUGCUGGCCAUCUUAAUGCAAGACAUCAGUUUAAUCAUGAAGAUUUUAUGGAUGUCUUUCUUGACGAAGAUGAGCAACUUAGAGCUGCCAUUGAGAAUUCAAAUUUGCAUUUAAGAUAA